AACCCAGGCUUUGGGGACUGUUGUUGUUCUCUCCCGGCGCGACCGCCUCUGUCCAUUCGCCCAGAGGAAGACCGGGAGCUGGUGUGGUGAAGCGCGGGCGGCCGCAGCCUCCUCCCUCCCGCGUCUCAAAGCUGCGGCAGCAGCUGGUGCAAACAUCCUGCCGUUGGUCUCCGAUGCCCUUCAGUGAGGAGGGGGCGUUGGGACCCUGGUGAGCGCACCUCCGGCUCCCCCAACGAGGCGUCUUCAUCGGCCCCCCUGAUCCGCGCACUCCAGCCUGCCAGCCAUGGCUGAGAACGCAGGGGGCGACCUGAACUCCAACCUGCUCCACGCCCCCUACCGCACCGGGGACCCUCAGCUAGACACGGCCAUCGGGCAGUGGCUCCGCUGGGAUAAGAAUCCCAAAACAAAAGAGCAAAUUGAAAAUCUGUUACGAAAUGGAAUGAAUAAGGAACUGCGGGAUCGUCUUUGUUGCCGAAUGACUUUUGGAACUGCAGGACUUCGUUCUGCUAUGGGGGCAGGAUUUUGUUAUAUUAAUGACCUUACAGUAAUACAAUCAACACAGGGGAUGUACAAAUACCUGGAGAGAUGUUUCUCAGACUUCAAGCAGAGAGGCGUUGUCGUCGGGUAUGAUACCCGGGGGCAAGUAACUAGCAGCUGCAGCAGCCAGAGGUAUUCUAAUGUCACAUGUAUGAGUAGCCAGGAAAUUAUGCUGUUGCUGUUUUUUCAGCCAUAUGCAGUCCAGAAGCUCAAAGCAGUUGCAGGUGUGAUGAUUACAGCAUCUCACAACCGCAAAGAAGAUAACGGAUACAAGUUCCUCCUGCGCUUCUCCGCUGAGUAUACCCAGCCCUUCUGCGCUUCCGAGGCUUUUACAAAGCAGUAUGAAACAGUCUUAGAGAUGAUGAUUUUUCUGUACAGGGAAUUAAACUCAAAGACCACCUUGAAAUUUGUGCAUUCAUCUUUUCAUGGGGUUGGACAUGACUACGUGCAGUUGGCUUUUCAAGUGUUUGGUUUUAAGCCUCCAAUUCCAGUACCAGAACAAAAAGAUCCUGACCCAGACUUUUCUACUGUUAAGUGCCCGAAUCCUGAAGAGGGAGAAUCUGUGCUGGAACUCUCUUUGAGGCUGGCAGAGAAGGAAAACGCCCGGGUAGUGGUUGCCACAGACCCCGACGCAGACCGACUGGCGGUGGCAGAGCUUCAGGAGAAUGGUCACUGGAAAGUUUUCUCAGGAAAUGAGUUGGCAGCCCUGUUUGGGUGGUGGAUGUUUGAUUGCUGGGAGAAAAGUAAAUCCGGAAAUGCUGAUGUGAAGAACAUUUACAUGUUAGCCACCACAGUCUCUUCCAAAAUUUUGAAGGCAAUUGCACUUAAAGAAGGAUUUCAUUUUGAAGAAACAUUACCAGGUUUUAAAUGGAUUGGAAGUAGGAUAAAAGACCUCCUGGAAAAUGGGAAAGAAGUCCUUUUUGCAUUUGAAGAGUCUAUUGGUUUUCUGUGUGGAACUUCAGUUUUGGACAAAGACGGGGUGAGCGCAGCUGCUGUUGUUGCUGAGAUGGCAGCUUACCUGGAAACCACGAAUGUAACAUUGAAACAGCAGCUGGUUAAGGUUUAUGAAAAGUAUGGUUAUCACAUUUCAAAAACUUCAUAUUUCUUGUGUUACGAUCCAAAUACCAUCAAAAGUAUAUUUGAAAGACUUCGUAAUUUUGAUUCUCCAAAAGAAUAUCCAAAAUUUUGUGGGACAUUUGCUAUAUUGCAUACACGAGACGUUACCACUGGAUAUGACAGCAGCCAGCCUAAUAAGAAAUCAGUGUUGCCUGUGAGUAAAAACAGCCAGAUGAUUACAUUUACUUUUCAAAAUGGUUGUGUUGCUACUCUUCGGACAAGUGGGACAGAACCAAAGAUCAAGUAUUAUGCAGAGAUGUGCGCGUCACCUGACCGGAGUGACACUGCCUUACUAGAAGAGGAAUUGAAGAAACUCAUUGAAGCUUUGAUAAAGAAUUUUCUUGAGCCCAGUAAAAACGGGCUGAUCUGGCGUUCUGUUUAGCGGACAUUGUAUAAAAAUUACUUUGCGCUGUCAUGUGGAACAGGGCGGCCAAGAACUUCAUGCAUCCAACUUGUGUUAGCAUUCCCUCUCUAUCUCAUCCGGCCGAGUAUCCUUUUCCUUUUAUUUUUCUCUUUUUGGUUGGCUGACUAAACAAACUAUAUAACUUUGAUAUGAAGUAGUCUGGAGAAAAUGAUUCAAAUUUUUCAUAAUCUUGAACAAAAGUCAUGACGUUAAAAGUAACGUCAUUCUUCCUUUAACAGAAACAAAACUGUGCAAAAGUGAGUGUUCUUAUUAAAGUGUGAUUAAGUAAGCUUAGUUCCCUAUUCUUGUAAUUGUGUAUAGCAUGUGUUUUUAUUUUUAAAAAAUAGGCAGAUAAAUUAUAAUUAUCGAGUUAGUUAAGAAAUUUAUUUCACAAAAUUGGCAAGAAAACAGCACUACUCUCAAUACUGUGGAAAAGUGUCAUUGUUACAUCAUAGGUAUUGACUUACAAAUUAGAGUACGUGAGAUAGGGUAUUUAGCAUUUCUAGCUUAGAACAGAUGUGACAGAUGUGGUGUCCAGCUCUUCUGUUUCAGUGCUGCUGGUGCAGUGUAAAUUUAUCGUAUGUGUUUAAAAUUCCACGUUUACUGAACAUAGACAAUAGUGGCAAUAUUCCUAGAAACUUGGUUCUUGUCAAAUUUCUCAGUGCCUUCUCAGGGUAUGGUUUGAAUUGAAACAGUGUUCCUGCAUUGAAUAUAAUUUAAUUCAUUAAUUUUCAGACAGUUCAGGAAAAACUUUCAAACUGUAUAGGUGCAUUCCCUCUAUAUUAAGUAGGUUUGCUGACUUUAAGAUCUUAUGAAUGUAUAUAAAAUUAUUAAUAAAAGCAGGCUCAAUGUAACUGUAGUUAAGCAUCUUCAUGUUAGAAUUAAAUGUUAGUUACCACAGCCUUUGAGUCAAGAAAAAGAUCUGAACUGAGAAAAGAGCUCAAUUUAUUUAAAAGUCUAACGUUUGGAUUACAAAUAUAUAAAUAGAUUUAUUCCUUUAUCAAAUGAAGUAAUACCAAUUUUAUUAGGAAAUAAAACAUUCAGAUUUUAGGUAUUAUGAAACACUGAAACUACAUGUUUUCAAACUAAUGUCCAGUUUAUCCUAACAUCUUUCUGGCUUCUAUACAAUUUCUUAUCACAAGAGUAACUAUUUUCUGAUGUGGAAAAAAAAAUUGGGAGGUCACUGGCUGAUUUUGCAGCCUUCUAAAGAGACAGCGGAGAAGCUCUGUUCAAUCCUUUUUAAAAGUGUAUCCUGCUAUAGAUAGCUCACAGAAUACUUAAACACAUGUGGCAUAGUUAAGAGGUAACAAUAACAAGGUCUUGGGUGUAAUCUUCUCAACAAAUUGCUUAUGGAAGAUAACUGGUAUUAGAGAAUUUAUUUCCUAAAAAUAAUGACAUAAAUUUGAACUGAUUAGAAUACUUAUUAAGUCACGGUUUGGUUUGUUGUAGCUAUUGGCUAACAUUUGGUUGAACUUAUAUAAUCCAAGUGUAAUUUUCAAAUUAUUGUAUUGCCACUAUUGUUAAUUUAUUCCUUCCUUCCUUUCGUAUAGCUGGAUCUUGUAUGACUGUAGAUAAUAGACAGAUAGCUAAAUGUAGAGCACCAUAUUUCUAAAUGAGUUUGUCUUCAAUGGCUUCGUACUAAAGAAGUGUGUAGAAUUUUUUGCUUUAUGCACUUUUAGGAAUGUAGAUAUUAAUUUAGGAAAUGGCCUAUAUUCUACAAAGUGGUAUGAGCAAUGCUAUAUAUGGAAAAUAUGUAUAUUUGGUUUCAGUGUCUGUUUUUUAUUGAAUGAAGAACAAAGUGGAGCUAAAAUGAUACAAUAGCCCAUUUACAAUCUCUAAAGCCAUGUUAUGAUUGUCAUUCUAUCGUAAAGAGAACAGCUUUAUUUGAGUGCUUUUAUGUAAUGCAACAUUUCAGUCAUCUUAAUCAAAAUGAAAAGUUAUUAAAGCUUGGAUUCUUAUCUCAAAAUUUAAAAAUCCAAAGUUAAAAUUAAUAAAAAUUUGCAAGUGUUCCCAAAGUGUAUAAAUUGAGGAAAUUAUUUGAUUCUAGCCAAAUUCUCAAGUCUUACUUGAGUGUGAUAUUUAGCAUGAACUGGACGUAGUGGGUGUACACUUGCCUAACAGGAUAAAUUCGGUAGCCCCAGCAAACCAGGUCAGACCGAAGUGCUGACCAGCAGGUCUCAACUUUGGUCUCUCUAUUGUUUAUCUUUUCCUUUAUAAACAAUCUCAUGGAAAUGAAUGCAUCCUCACUGAGUGUGCAGAUCAAAACUGGGAUUUUCUAGAACUCUGGGGAAAGGAAAGAAUAAGUGGGGCAAGAUUAAACCAUAAAUUGGGAAUAAACAGUAGAAAUAAGCAAACAAUAGAAAGGUCAAUAGGUAGCACAGGAAAUGCUUUUUGUCAAGGGCAAAAUUAUCACCCUAAAAACAGGGAGUAAAUGGACUGUAGGCAAGUUGUUUAAUUGUGUUUAUUUGUUGUGACGAUGAAUGAAUAGUGAACCUUUGUUUUCUUUUAUUGGUGACCACUAAAGAGGCCAUGUUUUAAGGCCUGAGAAAAAGAACCCCUCUUACUGGUCAGUUUCUGAGAGAAGGCUGUUUCUUAGGAACAUAUGGGAACUGGGGCGGGGAUAUAGCAGAAAUGAAAAGGAAUAUAAUAUAGAUUGGAAAAUAAGACCUCUGAGGAAAAAGUUUUUUUAAAAAAGAUCAUUUAAUUCUGGAGAGGAGAAAGCUGUUGAGAUAGUUUAAUAAAUCAUAAGUUAUUGAGUCUUUUAUUGAACAACUUAAAUUAAGAAGGAAUAUAACAAACUGUUCUCCAUCUCUAGGAAGGAUAAAAUAGGAGGGAAUAAAGGUCUUUAAGAAAAAAG